AUGAACAUCGGCGGAACUAUUCUGAAUGUUCGUCUUUCCAGAUCACUUAUGAAGAUUGAAAAAGUGCUAAUCGCUGACGAUAUCGAGCAAGAGUGCAUAGAUAUACUGCAAGCUAAUGGGAUUGAGGUGACGGUGAAGACGAAACAGUCAGUUGAUGAAUUGAAAGUGUCUCUGCCCGCCCACGACGCUGUGAUUGUGCGCAGUUCGACAACGAUCACCAAGAACCUACUCGAAGUGGGUUCAAGUGGUCGCUUGAGGCUGGUAGGAAGGGCUGGAACAGGUGUCGAUAACAUUGAUGUAGAAGCAGCAACGCAACAUCAUGUGCUUGUCAUGAAUACCCCCCAAGCUAAUUCCCGAUCUGCUGCUGAACUCACUUGUAUUUUGAUCCUGUGCCUAACAAGGCAUGUUCCACAAGCUCAUGCCUCUAUGAAAGCUGGAAAAUGGGCAAGGAAGGAGUUCACUGGAGAGGAGGCAUGUUCUAUAUUUGGACGAACUUUGGCUGUCAUUGGACUGGGAAGAAUUGGUACUGAGGUGGCGAUGCGAAUGCAGGCGUUCGGGAUGCGUGUUAUUGGAUACGAUCCGAUCAUAAAAAAAGAGGAAGCAGCAGCGAAGAAUAUCGAACUACUUCCGCUUGAAGAGAUCUGGCCUCAAGCAGACUUCAUCACAGUACAUGUACCGCUGCUUGCUGAAACGGAAAAUCUCAUCAAUGCUGAGACUCUAACGAAAUGCAAGAAGGGAGUAAGGAUCGUCAACGUCGCUCGCGGCGGCAUUGUGAACGAGCAGGACCUUGUGGCAGCGCUGAAUUCUGGCCAGGCCGGAGCAGCGGCUUUUGACGUCUUUCUGGAGGAGCCGCCUAAGUACCGCGGUCUUGUUGAUCAUCCGAAAGUAAUCUGUACUCCUCACUUGGGAGCAUCGACGACAGACGCUCAGCGGAGAGUAGCUGCUGAGAUUGCCGAGAACAUUGUGCAGCUGAACUCUGGGAAAAUUCUGGGUGUGGUGAGUUUGCUUUUGACUUCCUGGUCAUAA